AUGGGAACCCUCAGAAGUUUUGUCUUCCUCUCUGUUCUAUGCCUGCUACAGAGUUGCAAUUCUUCCCUGAUAAAACUGCAAGGCAACGGCUAUGAAGGCAUUCUUGUGGCUAUAAACCCUGAUGUGCCAGAAAAUGAAGCUCUAAUUACACAAAUACAGGACGUGGUGACUGAAGCUUCUACAUACCUGUUUAAAGCUACAGAAAACAGAACAUAUUUUAAAAAUGUAAAUAUAUUAAUUCCAGACACCUGGAAACAAAAACCUGAAUAUAUGAGGCCAAGAUCUGAAAGCUACAAACAUGCUACUGUCAUAAUUGCGCCACCUGAACAGCCAGGUAGAGAUGAACCCUACACCAAACACUUUUCACAGUGUGGAGAAGAAGGAGAAUACAUUCAUUUGACUCCUGAUUUUCUACUUGGAAACAAACAAAAUGAAUAUGGACCUCCAGGUCGACUGCUUGUCCAUGAAUGGGCUCACCUCCGCUGGGGAGUGUUUGAUGAGUACAAUGAGGAUGAGCCUUUCUAUGCUGCUUCCAACAAGAAAAUUGAAGCAACAAGGUGCUCCAAAAGUAUUACUGGUAUAAAUAGAGUUUAUAAGAAUCAAGGAGGCAGUGAUGUACUGAGAAAAUGCAGAUUUAAUUCUACUACAAAACUAUAUGAAAAAGAUUGUCAGUUCUUCCCUGAUAAAGAGCAAACUGCAAAAACAUCAAUAAUGUUUAUGCAAGCUAUAGAAUCUGUCAUUGAAUUCUGUAAUGAAAAGAACCAUAAUAAAGAAGCUCCAAACCUACAAAAUAAAAAGUGUAAUCGCAGAAGCACAUGGGAAGUGAUCAGCACUUCUGAGGAUAUUAAGAACACGAUGCCUAUGAUGGCAUCACCCCCUUUACCUGUGUUCUCAUUGCUGAGGGUUGGAGAAAGAAUUGUGUGCUUAGUUCUUGAUAAGUCUGGAAGCAUGAAGGAGUCUAAUCGUCUGACCCGAAUGAACCAAGCAGCAAAACAUUUCCUGCUGCAGACUGUUGAAAACAGAUCCUGGGUGGGAAUAAUUGUUUUUGAUAAUAAUGCUGUCGUUCAAAACCCUCUAACCCAAAUAACAAGUCAGAAAGACAGAGAGGCACUCUUGACAAAGUUACCUCUGAUAUCUCAGGGAGGAACUUCCAUUUGCUCAGGAAUUCGAGCGGCUAUACAGGAAAUUCAAUUAGUAUAUCCUCAAGUAAAUGGAUCUGAAAUACUACUGCUAACUGAUGGGGAGAAUAACACUCCAAUAGACUGUGUUGAUGAAAUGGUCAAAAGUGGGGCCAUCCUUCAUUUAAUUGCCUUGGGACCGAAAGCUGACACAAACGUCAUUGAAAUGAGCACUCAAACAGGAGGAAAGCAUUUUUUUUCCACUGAUGUUUCUGAGAACAAUGGCCUUGUGGAAGCUUUCUCAGCUCUUACAUCAGAAAACACACCUCUCUCUGAAAAAUCUCUUCAGCUUGAAAGCAGUGGGAAGAAGCUCAACCAAAAUCAGUGGAUAAAUGACACUUUAAUCAUUGAUAGCACCGUGGGAAAGGAUACAUUCUUUCUCAUCACAUGGGACAAAAUAUUUCCCCUAAUUUCUCUCCGGGAUCCCGAAGGAACAAAGAUGGAAAAUUUCACAGAAGAUAAAGAUUCCAAUAUGACCUACCUCAGUGUUCCAGGAAUUGCAAAGGCUGGCGUUUGGACUUACAGUCUUCGAGCCAAAGCAAAUGAGGAAAUACUAACUAUUACCGUAAAUUCUCGGGCAGCAAAUUCUUCUGUGCCUCCAAUCACAGUAAAUGCUAAAAUGAAUCAAGACACAAACAAAUUCCCCAACCCUAUGGUGGUGUAUGCAGAAGUUCUACAUGGGUUUACACCCAUUCUUGGAGCCUCUGUGAGAGCCAUCAUUGAAUCAGACCAUGGAACCACAACUUUAGAACUUCUAGAUAAUGGUGCAGGUGCCGAUUCUAUAAAGAAUGAUGGUGUCUACUCCAGAUAUUAUACAGAUUAUAAAGGAAAUGGCCGACAUAAUUUAAAAGUACAGGUUCAUGGAGGACCAACUGCCAUGAAAAGCUUAAGACAUCCCCCAAAUAGAGCAGCAUUUGUACCAGGCUGGGUGGUUAAUGGAGAAAUUCAAGGGAAUCCACCAAGACCUGAGACUGAUAAGGACAUCCAAACAAACGUGGAGAAUUUCAGCAGAAUGGCGGCUGGAGGUGCAUUUGUACUUGAAGGUGUUCCACCUAAUUUCAAUCCCUCUACUCUUGACUAUUUCCCACCAAAUCAAAUCACAGAUCUUGAGGCCACGGUUGAGGGGAAUAUGAUCACUUUGACAUGGACAGCACCAGGAGAUGAUUUUGAUAUUGGAAAAGUUCAACGGUAUAUCAUAAGAAAAAGUGGAAAUAUCCUUGAUCUAAAAGACAAUUUUGAUGAUGCCGAGCAAGUAAUCACUAAGAAUAUGAUACCAAAGUAUGCCAACUCUAAGGAAACAUUUACAUUUGAACAAGAAAAUGUAAGAGAAAAUGCAACCCACAUGUUCUUUGCCAUUCAAAGUGUGGAUGAUAGCGGUCAACAAUCUGAAAUAUCCAACAUUGCACAAGUAGCAUUGUUUAUUCCUCAAGCAGAUGAUGCCCAAGAGGAAAAUUAUCCUAGUUCUGGAAUUAGUACUUCUACUCUGGUGUUGGUGGUGGUUGGAACUGUGGCAGCUAUUAGCAUAAUAGUCGGUACUACUGUUUGUAUCGUUAAGAAGAGAAGAAAUUCAAAUAUAGUUACCACUAGUUUUUAA